CUGUUUCAGAGAGAAGUUGCAAGCAAAAGUCGCAUAAGGAAAAAGAAUAGAAAACAGUUCGCUGCUCCUAACGAAUAUAAGGCAGAUGUGAAAUGCAAGACUGAUGACGAUACUCGGGAAACGCAGACCAGCACUAACUCUUCAACAAGGAGUUUCUCCAAUCAGGAUGUGAAAAAAGAGUUGGUAGCAGAAGCCGCUAAGAUCGAGGUUAUUGAAUUGAAAGAAGAGGAUGAGUCAGUAAAUUCCUCAACUUCGAAGCCUGUCGCUGUCACUGCAUCAGCAGAUCAACCCGAAAAAAUUGUGCAAGCACAGACAUCAUCUCAACCAUGCCUUCAUAGCGAUACAGCUCAGUCUUUAUACACUCCUACUUAUUCUGUGAUUCACGACGAUUGGUCAGACAUGUUAGCUAUGGCCCUUACCGAUCCAAAUUUAGCACCACAUUAUAAGACUAUGAUUCAUUGCUUAGUAGCCAGCAAUAGAGAUAUGAAGAACAUCAUAGUCAUGAUGAAGUCUGGUCAGUCCUGA